AUGCAAGCCGUCCUAGCCCAGAACCGUGGGGCAAUCUCGCAACCGCGGGGUAUUCUCACAUUUGUCAAUGCAUCUGGCAAGAGGCGGGCCGAGUCGCCAGCCAAGCCGGGCAGCGCUGGCUGGGGAGCCAUCCCCUAUUGGCAAGGACUAAUCUCGCUGAUCGACAGUUUUUCCCCAACGUUGAUCGCCAACAACUCUUACUCUCGAAAGCACGCUAAAUUCCAGGCUGCAAGUGCAACUACCUGCCUAAUCACACCCUGGUCCCCGCGUCGCGACAGCGGGCAAAAGCACCGGCAAGUAAAGCAACACGUACGACUCAACAUGCGUCUCUGGCACUACCUUGUCAUCGGCGCCGCAGCUACGACCACUGCGCUACCAGCGCGCAACGCCCUUUUGAAUGCAGCAAGCAUGAACAGUGGUGCUGAUGCCCAGUCUGCAUAUGAGGCUGAGAUACUUGCCGCAGAUAGAUCACGGACUUUAGGAAUUGUGUAG